GGGCUCUGCUGGGUAUCUGAGCAGUUCCUCUUGUACCUCUCCUGCUUCCCUCGUGCUCUGCUGGGUAUCUGAGCAGCUCCUCUUGUACCUCUCCUGCUUCCCUCGUGCUCUGCUGGGUAUCUGAGCAGCUCCUCUUGUACCUCUCCUGCUUCCCUCGUGCUCUGCUGGGUAUCUGAGCAGCUCCUCUUAUACCUCUCGUGCUCAACCCUCCCUCCUGAGGUUACACCAGCCCCCUAACUCUUCCUUCCCUGUUACGUGCACCCGCGGAUCUUAUUUGUCGAAAAACUCUUGGUGAAUUUUGUGAUACAAAUAUCUGAGUGCUACAGAACGGGGCGACCUCAGCAGUACAACCAUGCAGAUUGAUUCAUACUCAGACGGGAUGGGGAUACCAAUGAAGAACCGAAAGGCCAAAAUGGAGAAACCCCGCCCUCUCAAAAUCUGCACCUUAGGGGAUCAGUCUAUGGAAAGUGUUCUUUCGGAAAUGGACAUAGUGGCGCAGUAUCUGAACUCCUCAACAUGUGACCGCACUGUUUACCCGGCAAUUGUUGCACUUUGUGAAAAUUUGAAGAUGUUUGGUCCACAGCUAGAAAAUGUUUAUAAAGACCAACUUGAUAAAUGCUAUAUAUCUCUCCGAAAUGGUUGCCGUGAUGAUCGCUUGAGUUUAGCAGCACGUUAUCGUCUUCUUGAGGUGAUAGAGCUGAGAGCAAUGCACUGGCAGCCUAAUGAGAACCUCAUUAAUUAUUACAAGCAAAAACUGGUACAAAUAGAGGCAGAGGAAGCAGCCCUCGAAGAUCAGCAGAACGAUACGUUGGGCCAAACAACGCCGGGUACAAUCAUGACUCCUAUAAGCACACCACAGAUGAUGAUUCCAGGACUUCAGCAGUACCAACAGAGUAUGUAUAACCAACAGCAGCAACAACAACAGCAAGCUCCAAUGCCCCAUCCACCAACACCCACACUUCUUACACCUGGAGAGAUCAUCAGAAGCUCUGGAAAAUUUGCAAAGCCAACACGAAUCCCUGGAAAAAAUUAUUGCAAAGAUGAGGUGGUGAUUCGUAAUGCUGACUCUGGAAAAGUUAUGGGGAUAAAGGGCAGGCGGGUACACAUGAUUGAGGAGCUCUCUGAAACCAUCAUCUCAUUCCAGAGAGUGGCCCCUGGUGCUCGAGAGCGACUGGUACAAAUUACAGGACCAACAGAGGAAAAUAUCAACCAAGCUAAACAUCUCAUAGAGGAGACAAUCCGACGCAAUGCAUCUCCGGUCCGUGGCGAUGAAAGAGGCUCCAUCUUUACUACCCUUGGUGGGUCGUCUUCUUCCAUCUCGUCCCAUACCUCGGAUGAAACUUUGCAAGGUUCUCGGCGUUCAGGUUCGAAGAGGAAUACUCUCGUCCACAGCCAGUCUAUGGGAGAUGACCCCUUGGGAGAGUACCGAUACACUGUCACACAUGGAAGUGAUGCUCUCAGAAUCACAGGAAAUAACUUGCAUCUUGUCAGGACUGCAAAACUGGUGCUAGAUGAAUUCUUCAGUGGUGAAAGGAACUUAAACAACAUUGCCUUACUUCUUGGCACAGAUGCAAGCAGUGAACCAGUGGCUGACUCGCCAACUGCAACGACCAGUCAGGGCCGACAACAUUCUCCGACAGUACAGACUCCAACCACUGAUUUUGACCCGACUGGUGAAUGUUUCAAAGGGGGUGUCGUUACAGUCGUGCGUCAGCCUCUCUUUCCCUCUUCAUCAAAGGAGGCCAUAGAAUCUGCCGAAUCUAGUGGACAGCAAGGUGAUCUGAGCUCCAAGAAUCGAAGAGCUUUGUUCCAGAAGACAAGUGAGGAUCGUGCCAAUGGGGAUGAUGCAGAGCCCUCCACUCCUGGUACCACUUGCCCCACACUUGAGGCUGUGUUGGACCCUGUUCCUGCUGUUCCUGCUCGUCGCUGCUACACUCGAGACUUCCUUGUCCAAUGUGCUGCUUCUCCCUUAAGCCGCCUCACCCCUGUCAACUGGUCCCAAGUGGUGCAACAGACACCUGUUGUACUCAAGAAGAACUGGCAAUACCUGUCCGGGGUGGUAGCGACACUGAAUGAACAAGGCGAAGCUGCAGUUAAUGGUGUUUUGACAUAUCUUCAGGCAAGUGAUCUUGAAGAUGCAGCUGUGCUAGCCAAGAGAGAGCUUCGAUGGACACUUGUCAGAACAACUUCUACAACAGAGGAGGAUGACAAUGGAAAUAAUGCUACAUAGAUGGUUGUGAAAUAUUGUGUAAAUUUUAUACAUAGAGAAUAAGGCAGUACUUUUAUGAAAUUAUAUUUCAUGAGUUACUUUUUUAAUAUGUAUAUGUAUAUAUAAAUAUUUUCAUAUGUCUGUUAAGAGGUAAAUUUAUUGGCUUAGAUUAUGACAUAUCAACUCUCUGUAGCAUUAAAUAAUUUAAUGAUAUAAAAAUUGAGUGUUGCCACCUCCUCACAACUGGUAUGCUAUCUGCCACUUUUGUAACAAAUGUACUGCAGUACUUUGUUUUCCCAAGAUAUUCUAAGAUAUUUAAAGAUAUGGUAAACAGGAAAGAUUAGUAUGUAUUACUGAUCAUAAACUGUUUUGUUACUACAGUAUUUCCGUAUUCACUAGGAAGACCAUGAUUGCCUAAUUUCCCUAUGCAUGUUUUUCCACAGUAUAACUUUCAAAUACUGUAUCGACCUUGUACCUAAACUAAUCACUCCAUUAGUUUCUCCAUAUUUAUGAAGACUUAUUAUGUAUACUAUACAUACAGUACUCAUUACCCCCAAAAAUGUGCUAAGGGAAACAGUAGCAUAAGGAAGUAAAGUUGCAGUAAACUGCCACUCCCUGGUUUACUCGGCUCUUUCAUCACUAGUCAAAUUAUCAAAUAUACUUUUAUUAAAUGGAAAAUAAAAUUUAUAGUUCAUGUAUGUAAAUUUCUGUUGUGUAAAAAAGUAAAAAUAUCCAAAUUAAAUAGUGGAACCUCGAGUGACGAGCGACUCCAGUUUCGAGCACUUCGAGUAACGAGCAAGCCACUCGCAGAAAAUUUGUCUCGACUGACAAGCUUUCGCUCAAUUAACGAGCAUUCCCGCUGGUUCUCGGACACUUCCGACGACAGUGUUGUUGUUUCACAAAACUAGUUUUCCACAUGACGAGCUCGGUGCCGGAACGGAUUAAAUUCGUUAAUCAAGGCGCCACUGUACUUGCAAUGACAUGAUCACACAAUUUCAUUUAUUGUUUAUUUUAUUACAGUAAAAAUUUGAGUAAUGGUUGCUCGGUAAGGCUGCUGUAUAUUACAGUUAGAGCUUGUUGCAAGUUUGUACGAGUAUGCAGUAUAUCAGUUGAUCCUUUUUUGAAUUCCCUUAACAUUCUGGAAUAUUAAAUUAAUUGUUCAAAACCCCAGUUUAGCUCAAACAAGGAUGUAACAUUAAAUUAUCAGCCCCGUGCUGUGCCUUUUUAUUCUAAAGUGUUACAUAAUUUAAGUUUUUAUUUUUAUUUGUUUCCUCAUAGCUGAGUUCGGCAGCCUCUUCUUAGUCUGGAGCCUAAAGAUAUGGCUGAAAAACUUUUCACAGCAUGUGUAUAUAUAGUUACUCAGGUUUAUAAUUGAUGCAUGUUAUGGUACUCUGUAUAUCAUGCAAAUUAAUGUGUAUUAAUGUGUGCAUAUGAUCACAUUCGUACAUAUUAAAAACUAACACUAUAUAUGUACAUACUGAACCAUUCACACACAAUUUGAGCAGAAUGUCUACACACCCAAGUGGUUAAUGUAAUGCAUUCUUCAAACUGAAUCCAGUUAUUUAUUUACUGUAGCUUAUUACAAAUAAAAUGUUCUUUGCAAAUUAAUCGGUGCCUUCAGAUUUUUUUUACCAGUAACUUCUAUAUGUUAUCUGGUAAAUUUCAUGCAUAUUUAUGAGGUCAUUAUUAAGUGGGAUUGUAGGUUUUUGAAUGAAAGUUCUAUGAUGAAUUGAAUACUUUUCUAAAUAGAUACUGUACUUGUAUGCUAUUUUGUUACUGAAAGUGAAAAAUGCACUACUGUGUAUUACUUUAUAGAAAUACACUUGACUAUAGCACAUGAGUUAUCAUUUGAUAAAGUAAACAGUGCUUACCUUCUUGCAAAGUAUCGAAUCACUUUAUCAAGAUUAAACUUUUUUAUACUAGAGAUAUUUAUCGCUUGUUAUAUAUUUGCUCUCCAGUUUUGUGUAUUGUAAUUGUUCCCCCAUAUAGUCACUCUUUCCAUUUUAGUGCUCGACAAAGAGCAAUCUUUCUCAUUAAAUCUUUUUAAUACACCCAGUAUACUGGGGCCAGAUUCACGAAAGCACUUACGCAAGCACUUACGGACGUGUACAUCUUUCCUCAAUCUUUGACGGCUUUGGUUACAUUUAUUAAACAGUUUAGAAGCAUGAAAACUUGCCAACCAACUA